UGGGAUGUAUUUGGACAAACACCACGAUGCUGCUCAUGAAAUCAUCGAGACCAUUCGGUGGGUCUGUGAAGAGAUUCCAGACCUCAAGCUUGCAAUGGAAAACUACGUGCUAAUUGACUACGAUACUAAAAGCUUCGAAAGCAUGCAAAGGCUUUGUGAUAAAUACAACCGUGCCAUUGACAGCAUUCACCAGUUGUGGAAAGGAACCACGCAGCCCAUGAAACUCAACACCCGCCCUUCCAACGGGCUCCUCCGCCACAUCCUUCAGCAAGUGUACAACCACUCGGUGACUGACCCUGAAAAACUCAACAACUACGAGCCCUUUUCCCCUGAGGUGUACGGAGAGACCUCCUUCGACCUGGUGGCCCAGAUGAUCGAUGAGAUUAAAAUGACCGAAGAUGACUUUUUUGUAGAUUUGGGCAGUGGUGUGGGUCAAGUUGUCCUCCAGGUUGCCGCGUCCACCAACUGUAAACACCACUACGGCGUUGAGAAAGCUGACAUCCCGGCCAAAUACGCCGAGACGAUGGACAAAGAAUUCAGAAAGUGGAUGAAAUGGUAUGGGAAAAGACAUGCAGAUUACACAGUGAGUGAAACCAAGUGAUUUUUAAAAAAACCUUUUCUCAAAAGUUUAAUUUAAGGCAAAAUAAUUCUGCUCUUCCCACAUUCAGCAGAACCCUCCAUAUGGAUAACGCCACUCUCCUCCUCCACCCUGUUUAAGCAGGGAAAUCUUAAAGGCUACACUUCAUUGUGGGCUACCGAUCACAUCUGGUUCCUUUUAAGACCGAGAAACAGAGUACAGUCAAACCGAGAAUGCGUAAUGCAAUACAACGCACAUUCUGGAAGCCAAUUUUUAUGCUUUGUUGCACGUUGUGUGUUACAUCUUCAAGGAAGCUGAAAAUUCAGAUUGAAGCGAACAGACAAGGAUCGCAGAAAUCCCCCCGCCCAUAAACAAAACACGAAAAAUAGGCAAUACUUUUUGAUUUUAUUUUGUUUGGACUGCACAGCUGCCCUUUGCUUCAAUGGAGCUACCUAAUUAACAUGUAAUAUUGCGAUGGAAGUGCCAGAAAAACCCUCUGGGACUUCCUUGCUUCCUCCCCCUCCUCCUAUGCAUUUCUCUUGACGAUCCUUGCUUUGUCACGUGUCCCAUUUCACGUUUAACGCCCUUCUCUUGGGCAACAGCAGCUAAGAAGCUUGUUCCCGGUUAGGUAAACUUUCAAAGCACCUCUUCAUUUUUUUUUUUAAUUCAUUUUCAAACUUUCUGGCGGGAACUCUCUAGUUGCUUCGGUUAUUUAGAAAAAAAACACACAACCCUCUAAAGCUUUUUGCGGCUUUGGAAGAGAGCCACGUUCCACAGCUUUGGACUCGUGCUCCUUGUUCGUCAUUAUUCAUUGCUUUUGUUUUGUUUUUUGUUAAAGUCAUUUUAAAAAUAGCCACAUGCGGGCUAUUCCAGGCUGAAAUAACAGCCCUUUGUGAGCCAGAGGGACUG